AUGGAAUUGGACAUGCCUCUUGAUUACUCAUCAUUCCAACUCUCACCAAAACAUUCAAGAUGUGAAUUGAUUUUUUCCAGUAUUGGAAACACUGAAAAGCUUGCAUCGGGUUUAGUGAAGCCAAUUUUGACACAUUUGAAGGUUGUGGAGGAACAAGUUGGAUCCUCAGCUCAAUUCAUUAAGCUUGAAGUAAAUAAACGUAAAAAUGUGGACUCAUGGUGCACAAAGGGAACACUUGAGAGGUUUGUUCAUUUUGUAAGUACACCUAAAAUUGUUGAACUAGUGAUCACCUUUGAUGCUGAGAUGUCUCAACUAGAAGGAUCAUCUGAUCAACCAUCGAGUAACAUAGGUGAUGGUAGAUCAAGCACAACAACUAGGGCUGAUGCAAUAAAGAAGGAGCUUUUGAGGGAAAUUGAUGUAAGGCUGAUAGCUGUGAAGCAGGAUUUGAAUACAGCUUGUGCUCGUGCCACUGCUGCUAGUUUUAACCAUGACCCAGUAGCUGACCUCCAGUUGUUUGCAGAGAGAUUUGGUGCCACUCGCCUAAAGAUCUUCGCAAAUAAGGUGGUGUUCUUUGAUUGGUUCAAGAUGAAACUUCCUCAAUGCAAAGACUCUCAUCUUAUGGUGGCGGUUUCUAGGCUAAACUCAAAGAUUUUAUCUAUUAUGCUACAACUUUGUGAAGUCGAAAUCAUCUCUUUUUUUUGGCUGCAAGCACAACUGAAGGCUUAG